AAUUCACCCAAGAUGGCUGCCGAGUGAGUAUUUCUCGAAACUAUAAAAUAAACACCGUCGUAAUUUAGAUUCUUUAUAUUAUCUCAUAUUAUUUAUGUUCCCUUCAAUUGUAGUUUGGAUAGGAAGCAGCGAGAUUCUGAAAUGAAAAAUGCAAUUAACAACAAACUAAAUGAAAAUUUUGAACGGGAAAGGUAUGGUUUUUGUACUCACUACACACUGUAUAUAUAAUUAAUAUUGAUUUGAAGCAGCAAAUAACAUGCUUAUACUGAACAAAAGAGUGUAUGAAUGCUAUAAGUACUAUAUACUAGACAAAACGAACCAACUAGAGUAAUAGGUAGAGGCUUUCACGUACAUAUUCAGACUAUUUUUAUCCUGUAGAAAAUAUUAGUUACUAUUAACAGUGUGUUUAAUACGAUAAUACCUGGUUUCCCCACAGUAAAUCGGUCCUACUAAAUACCACCUGGGAGUGCCCGGGGACGUCCUGAAGUGCUCAGGAGCGCAUGAGAAUGCCCAGGGAUAUACAAGAUAGUAUAAAGCAGUGCACAAUCCUUUUUCGGCCUCUAUGAGGCAUUAUAUUAAUGAAAAAUAAUAUUAAAAGUGAUUUUCAACCAGCGUAGUGACUAGCCUGCGUGCAGGCCCAAGGGAACUGAUAGUGGGCCUGCAACCAUCGCCCGGUAUUUUGUAAAACGCCCCUUUUCAUAACACGCCCCAUUCGCGCAUCAAUUGUCAAAAAAGAACCAAUGACAGCACCCAAAUAUUAACAAACAAACUCGCAUUAAAAUUUGCAGGGUUUUCUCUGCUUAUUCAGAACACUAAUAAACAAUGUGUAAAUGGCUGCGUUUUAACUCCAAAAAAGCAAGCAACGCAGUCAGUAAUUGUCAAAUUUGCAAGUGCUCAUUUUCAACUAAAAUCAGAACAGGCAAAUUAGGACGAAUUUCAACAGAAAAUCAGUCUCAAACUUCAAAUCAUGAGGGAAGUCGUGCAACCACAUUAGGAUUUAUAUUAUGUGUGCUUCGCUGUUGCCAUUGGCAUUGUUAUAAAUAAAUUGUCUCACUUAUCAGAUCGUGUGUGCAAUUCUUGUUGGCGGCGGAAAGUACGAAAUUUAUUUCAUUUGGUAAAGAACUCUACAAAAGAAGAGAGCGUUCCGAGUCCAGAUCGUUUCGUUUCAAACGGCAAUUUAAUACCGCCUUCUGUUUCGCUCUCUCAGCGAAGCCUUGUAAAUCGCAAAGUGUUUCGAAUAGGUUUACAGUCCUAACAUGCAACUGCAUCUCAACAUCGACCAAAAAAUAAUUUUCUUGAGGAAGUGAGAACACAUAACGUAUCAACUGAAGUCUGUUUGAAAUUAAUGAAACUCAAGUAAAGGUUACUAUAGUUUACCCCAGUCGUAAUUUGCUAUUCCAACACCUCACGACAAGCAAUCCCCAUUGGCAUAACGGCAAAACAUGUCUUCCUUCAAGUAAACAAUAAACAGUCUGUUCUUGUUCCAUUUGUAAUCGAAAAAAGUGAUCAAUUUUCAAAUUUUAAGCUUAUCGAGAGCCUUUGUCUAUGCCUUUGUGAUGAAUCACUGUUCCCUUGGGCCUGCACGCUAGGUUAAUUAAUUACCGAUCGCCUCAGCUAGCCAAUGGGAAUUUAGCCGGCGGUUCGGCCGGCGAAAAUCGAAAACAUGGGGUGAUGGUUGCAGGCCCACUAUCAGUUCCCUUGAGCCUGCACGCAGGCUACCUAGUGACAAGCGGUAAAGCGUGGUCGCCCAUACAGGAAGUUGUGCGAAACGUGAGAUUAUAUUUAUAUUUAUUAUAAAUGUAAAAAAUAUUUGCUGUUAUUAAAUUAAACUAAAGUUAAAAUAAAAAAUUAAGACUAGUUUUGUUUUAAUAUAUCAACUGCUGAGAACAAGUCAAUUGUCGUUUGGCACAAUUGGUGGCGUUCGAAAAAUUUUUGUCAUUAAGAUUAGGCCAAAUAAAAACAAUUACUAAUUGAAUGAGCGUCAUAUAAACUCAUAAAAACAUUCCAUGUAAACAAAAACACAGUUUUUCAGCUUAAAUAUUAGUAAAAUAUAGUGUUUAUCUACUCUAUCAAUGCUUUUAUCUACUCUAGGGUAUAGUUUAAAUUAAGAUAUAUUUUAGUCUUUCAUCUUCUCUUUUUAGACUUAGUUUAUGAGCUUUUUUGACUUUUACGUAUAGAUCUCGGUAAUUAAUGCACCCGAUUAGCACGUUUGACGCCGGCUGACAGCCGGAAAUUUUGUCUCCGAUUGCUCGACUGCCAGCCGGGCUGUACUAUAGUAUACUAUUCGUUCAAAAAAUGCGCGCAUUUCGGAGACUGGUUCUAGAAUGUUUCAUAAGCAGAAAACCACCAAAAUUACAUUAAAUUUUCCGAAAAUCAUCGAAGUGCAUCUAAAUUCAUCUUCCCAAUGCAUACAGCUGGCUAUGCAACAGGUAAAUAAACAAGAAAAAAAAUUAUGGCAAAGAGAAAAAUUGAAAAUUAUUCACGCCCACUCUGAGAUUCAAACUCACGACCCUCGACAUACACACUGGGUAUUGUUCCCCUGCGCCACCACCGUCUUACACAGAAAAUAUGUUAAUUUAUUGUAUAUAUAGAGGUUAUUCUUAGCCAGCGCGAUUUAUGAUUGCGUAAAUACGUACACCAUUGUACAUGCCAAGGGUACAGUACCAGCGGAGCCGUAUCUACUCUUUAAUACAAUAUUUACAAAACAUCACGGCACAGAUCACAGCUACCAGCCGGGGUUAUUUAACUGUAAUACAAUACUACAAUGCAAUACGAGUGUCAGCCGAGCCUGUCGGUAGUAUACUUUAGUAUACUACAAUACAUCACGGUUACCAGCCGGCAAUUCGGCUACCAGCCGGGCUUGUCUGUAGUAUACUAUACUAUAGGACCUAUAGUGUACUACAAAACAUCACGGCUACCAGCCAGGGUUAUUUAACUGUAAUACAAUACUACAACGCAAUACGACUGUCAACCAAGCCUGUAAGUAGUAUACUGUAGUAUACUACAAUACAACCAGCCGACAAUACGGCUAUCAGCCGAGCCUGUCUGUAGUAUACUAUAGUAUACUACAAUACAUCGCAGGUACCAGCCGGCAAUACGGCUAUCAGCCGGCAAUACGGCUAUCAGCCGGGCCUGUCUGUAGUAUACUAUAGUAUACCAUACUACAGACAGGCACGCGGGUGAUAGCAAAUAAAUAAAAUAUAAUAUAUUAUUACAGUAUAAUAUAAUAUAUUAUUAAUAUAUUAUUAUUACCGUUAAAUAACCCCGGCUGGUAGCCGUGAUGUUUCAUUGUUUUGUAGUAUACUAUAGCUAUAGUAUACUGCAGACAGGCCCGGCUGUCGGCUGAUAGCUCCAUAUUGCAUUGUAGUAUUGUAUCACAGUUAAAAAUAACCUCGGCUGGUAACUACAGACAGGAUCGGCUGAUUAUACAAUUACUUUACGGUUUCCGUGUUUGGAUGGCCUGAUCCAAACAUGCAGAAAUGUUGUGAGAGUUAAGAAAAGCGCGCGAAACACGAGCCGAAGGCGAGUGAUUUUGCGCGCUUUUCCUAAUUAACUCGUGCAACAUUCCCAAGUGUUUGGAUCAGGCCAUCCAAACACGGAAACCAUAAAUUAAUUGUUUUAUAAAGUACUAACAACAAAGUUUAAAAUUCCCGCCAAGGCACUUUAAAUUUCCGUGUUUGGAUGGCCUGAUCGAAACACAGGUUUCGACCAAUCAGAGCACGCAUUAUAUACAUGUUAUUUUAUAAAGCCGUUUAUAAUAGCCGUAUUGCCGGCUGGUAGCCGCGAUGCGGUAUUGUAGUAUACUAUACUACAGGCAGGAUCGGCUGAUAGCCGUAUUGCCGGCUGGUAGCCGUGAUGUAUUGUAGUAUACUACAGUAUACUACCGACAGGCUCGGCUGACACUCGUAUUGCAUUGUAGCAUUGUAUUACCGUUAAAUAACCCCAGCUGGUAGCCGUGAUGUUUUGUAGUAUACUAUAGUAUACUACAGACACGCCCAGCUGAUAGCUGUAUUGCCGGCUGGUAGCCGUGAUGUAUUGUAGUACACUAUAGUAUACUACAGACAGGCCCGGGCUGCCCGGCUGAUAACCGUAUUGUCGGCUGGUAGCCGUGAUGUAUUGUAGUAUAUUACAGUAUACUACUUACAGGCUUGGCUGACAGUCGUAUUGCAUUGUAGUAUUGUAUUACAGUUAAAUAACCCCGGCUGGUAACCGUGAUGUUUUGUAGUACACUAUAGGUCCUAUAGUAUAGUAUACUACAGACACGCCCGGCUGGUAGCCGUAUUGCCGGCUGGUAGCCGUGAUGUAUUGUAGUAUACUAUAGUAUACUACCGACAGGCUCGGCUGACACUUGUAUUGCAUUGUAGUAUUGUAUUACAGUUAAAUGACUCCGGCUGGUGUGAUCUAUGCCGUGAUGUUUUGUAAAUAUUGUAUUAAAGAGUAGAUACGGCUCCGCUGGUACUGUACCCUUGGCGUGCACAAUGGUGUACGUAUUUACGCAAUCAUAAAUCGCGCUGGCUAAGAAUAACCUCUAUAUAUACAAUAAAUUAACAUAUUUUCCGUGUAAGACGGUGGUGGCGCAGGGGAACAACACCCAGCGUGUAUCCGAGGGUCGUGAGUUCGAAUCUCAGAGUGAGCGCGAAUAAUUCUCAAUUUUUCUCUUUGCCGUAAUUUUUUUUUCUCGUUUAUUUACCUGUCGCAUAGCUAGCUGUAUGCAUUGGGAAGAUGAAUUUAGAUGCAUUUCGAUGAUUUUCGGAAAAUUUAAUGUAAUUUUGGUGGUUUUCUGCUUAUGAAACAUUCUAGAACCAGUCUCCGAAAUGCGCGCAUUUUUUGAACGAAUAGUAUACUAUAACAGCCCGGCUGGCAGUCGAGCAAUCGGAGACAAAAUUUCCGGCUGUCAACCGGCGUCAAACGUGCUAAUCGGGUGCUUAAUGGAAAAAAAAUUCGAACGCCGCCAAACGACAAUUGACUUGUUCUCAGCAGUUGAUAUAUUAAAAUAACAGCAAAUAGUUACAUUUAUAAUAAAUUUAAAUAUAAUCUCAUGUUUCGCACAACUUCCUGCAUGGGCGACCGCGCUGUACCGCUUGUUGCUAGGCUGGUUGAAAAUCACUUUUAAUAUUAUUUUUUAUUAAUGUAAUGCCUCAUAGAGACUCAAAAAGGAUCGUGCACUGAUUUAUACCAUCUUGUAUAUCCCCGGCCGUUCUCGCACGCUCCCAGGCGCUUCAGGGCGUCCCCAGGCACUCCUGGGCGUCCCCGGGCGCUCCUGGCAGUAUUUAGUAGGACCCCAUUAAAUAGCUUUUUCCGAAAACAAACAGUUCAUUAUCAUGCCCACAAAUUAUUUGGACUGCUGCUCCCCGCCUAUUUGGACACUAAAGUCGUGGCUGCCAUGUUUCACUCUAAAGUAUAAAAUAAACUAAAGCCCUCGUCAAACGAGAAUGAGAGUUGAGAAGCGAGAGUUUGCGCGAGAGUUGUUCUCAACUGUAGUGCCCUGGUCAAACGAGAACAAGAGUUGCAUGAGAGUUGACUGGAUAUUGUAUUAUCGUGCGAUAGUGAAUAAACUCUAGUAUCAACUCUCAUCAAAAUUUGAACCAGUUCAAAGUCAAUGAGAGUUGAUGAGAGUUGGCGGUCAAAUGCUAGUGAGAGUUGUUUCAACUCUCAUCCUUGUUUGACCGGAGCUUAAGCUAUAUUUUGAAAAUGAUAUGGCCAAAUUUUUAUCCAAGUAAAAGAAAACAAGGGCCAAGGCGAUUAAUAUACAUGGUUAAAAUAAUCUGACCACAAUAGAGGCUUCACUGUUUUGUUUUGGCUUCUAAAAUUUUGCAGACUUUUUUACAAGUUCAUGUUUUCGCUCACUACUCUGAUUUAUAUAUAAAUGAAUACAAAGCCCAGUCGAAUUGUAAGUCUUGGGCUUUAUAUACCCGGUUGCUGUGAACGAACAAACUUUUUUACAAGUUGUCAACCGUGCUUGGGGCUUGGCCUCUACAGGGUGCAAUAAUGGGUUUUUGCACUGAAGUUUUUACAAAGAACAAUUUAGGCAUGCUGGUCAUGUCAACAGAAUUGGUAGCUACCAAAUAUUAAAAAUUGUCCAGGGCUUGUUGACCAAUCACGAACGAGAAUAAAUAUAUAAUAAUAAGUAUUCCUAACUUCCCAGAUUAAUGGAAUUAUUAAGAACCAGACUAAAAGAAUGUGGCUGGAGAGAUAAACUUACCCAAGAGUGCAAAGGUAAAAUUUUAUAUAUAUAUAUAUAUAUAUAUAUAUAUAUAUAUAUAUAUAUAUAUAUAUAUAUAUAUAUAUAUAUAUAUAUAUAUAUAUAUCACAUUAAUCAUUGGCAUUUUAGUCUGGGUUGUAAUCAGGUCCAAAGCUAUGGUGCAUGGAGGUGCAUGGAGGUGCAUGUAGCGGUGUGACAAGAACUUGUUGCAAAAAAAAUAAAUUAAAGCAACACACAUGCAAACUUCCCUAAAUGAGCAAUUCAGCAAGGCAGUGUACUGUAGUUGGCAAUCCAUUAGAACAGAUCAACUGUUUGUUUAGGAUAAACUAGGUUUCCUAAUAGCAUUAGCAAUCGGCCCUUACAUCAGAAAACCCUGCAUUUGUAAUGUUGUAAGUGUGCAAUUAGUCAGGCAGAUAGAGGAUCAAAAUGAAUUAAAACUUACCAUAUCAGGGGGCAAUUUUAUUUUGCCUUUAUCUUGUGCCUUUUAGGCUUGUACCUAGUUGUAAAUCCAUUUCUGUAUGUGGGCGGUGUUCAAAUGUCUUCUGGGCAACAUGUUUUUCUUCGAUUUCCCAAUUAAACUCUUAACUGUAUAUUAUUUGUUAAAAACGUGAAAUUUCAGGUUCAUUUGUAGGAAAAAUAACUGGAGCAUUAGUAAUGCUUACAAAAAUAUACAUAUAAUAUGUUUAAAUAGUUACCUUGGCUUUUGUGGAGUUUUUUGUAAGCUUUUUAAUUAGGUUUUCUAUAAAUGAGCCUGAAAUUGCACGUUUUUAACAGGAAAAUUGAAGAAAAACGUUGAAGAACUUUGAACACAGCUGACAUACAGACAUGUACUUACCAGCCUUAAAGGCACAAGAUGAAGGCAAAAUAGAAUUGCCCCCUUGGCUACAUCAUGUUUGAGUAAAUUCGGCAGAAAUGAGCUAUCCCCACCAAAAUGUUUGGACAACUGACUGUUAUAUAUUUAAAUUGAAAAUGCUCUAGUGGUAACUGUUCAAUCUCGGAUGAAACUAGAAUUCAUAGCAUGAAAAAUAGUCCUGAUUUCCUGAUAAUGACUUCAGAGAGUUUUCAUUUUUUUGUGCAGACAUUAUAAGAGAGAAAGGAUUGGAUAAAGUCACAGUCGAUGAUCUGGUCACUGAGAUAACACCUAAAGCAAGAGGUAAGCCCCCCUCCCCUUGAAAUACAGUAUCUAUAACCACCCAACAUACAUACAUUUACUGUUCCUAAUUCCUCAAUUAUCAAAUUAUUAGUGAAAUAUAUAAGUCUGAAUAACACAUAUUGAAUUGAACCACCAGUCUAUUUAAUAGACGUGUAGUGUGUCUGACCAAAAAUGUUUUGUACCGUCUGAGGGUCAAAACAUCAAAUAAUGUAAACAUUAUGUUAUUACUGUACAGUAUAUAGAGAUUACUUCAUGGUUGAUGAGCGCGUACGAUUUUUAUGCACGAGUUGCGAAAAAUUCCUAUAAACGAACGAGUGAGCGCAGCGAACGAGUGAGUUUAUAGGAAUUUUUCGCAACGAGUGCAUAAUAAAAAUCGUACAAGCGAAUCAACCAUGAAGUAAUUUGUUUAUUAUAUGAGUUAUUAGAGUGAAAUUUAAGUGCUGAACGAUAGACACAAUUCAAACCAAACGUUUCAAACAUAUAUAAUAUGCAUCAAAAAGUACAACAAUAGCUACAACAAAUGAAUUAGUUCGCUUUAAAAUUCUUGUAUUAUUAUUCUCCUGUUGUUCAAUGAAUUCGCUUCGUUCAAAUCAAAAUUCGAAUGGACAUCUAAAAAACUGAUUGUUGUUUUCUUGUACGCCAGUGGCGCGGCGGGAAAAGUAAAUACGAAAUUUUUCACUAGUGACAAAUUCCGUACGUCCAAUGAGAAGGCUAAACGACGUUCUUCACUAGUGGCGAAUGUCGUAUGUCCAAUGAGAUCCUCAGAAAUUUUAGACAUAUGGUUUUUAUUCGACAACUUUAUCGCGUAUAAAAUUCAAUACUCAUAUAUAAUAAGUCAGUAUAUUAUAUAAUUCACUUGACUGCGGAUUGAGAGAUCUAAAAGAAAGCUGCAGACGCACCAACUAAAAGAAAGCUGCAGAUGGAUAGGGAUACAACUACCUGAAAUAUACAAGGAGAACUUCGACGUUUCGAGCGAAGGCCCUUCGUCGGGAAGUUCGAGAUACAGUACACUAAAGGCUGCUUUCCAGUUAAGCGUUUUUCAUACGUGCGUGUACGCACAGAAAAGUUUAAAUUCAUGUACCAAUAUUUCAAACUUUCUAAAAAUGCCUGAAAAGCUAUGAUGCACCUCGCGAUUAAAAAAAAAGGAAUUUUAAUUUAUAUACCUACAUGUAAGUUUAAACUGGGUUACUGCAUCAAUUUGACCAAUUUAGAAAGUUUGAAAAUCACUAUCCGGUGGAUAGCCCUACCCGGCUUUCGUACAACAGGCCCCAGACGGUCAGCAAUUCGUUAUUUUCUCUUUCAGAUCUUUUUCCCGUCAAAAUACCUGACACUUUUACACUUGAUAUAGGACUCUAAAUUCCGGAUCACAAAUCUCGUUCGGCAGCCCGAAAUAUCUUGGCCCUCCCCACCAAAUAUUCCGACGCUAUCCCACUAAAUAAUUAAUUACCAUUAUUAGGUACAGUAAUUCUGGAAAUCGCAAUUUAGGAUACAAAAUUACAUGUUCUCGUCUGUCUGACGUUUCUUUUGUACAAAAAAUAUAGAUUUGUUUAAUAUCUCUUUUUUCAGCAGUCCGUGCAAAUGUUUCCCCCACCUCGUUCCCAGGAUUACAAGAGGGAAAAGCCUGGGAACGAGGUUGAUGCAGUGGGUUGAUGUUUCCCCAGUCUCCACUCCAGAAUUCCAACUGGCUUACAGUAUUGACGAUUACAUGUAUUUGAUCUUUUCAGAAAUGGUUCCAGAUGAAGUUAAGCGAGAAUUAUUAGAGAGAAUCCGUAGCUAUUUUGGUGAUAACGUCUGAAAUAAACGCAAUUCUUUGCAAACGCUUCGGCGUUUUGUAUCAAGAUUCCAUAUACGUAUUCGGGAGGGGCGGGGUUGUAAGUUUGUAAAUUUUGAAGCCCUACACGAUAUGCUAAUCCUCCUACAUGAACACAUUAUUCUUACUUUUAACUUGAGGACCACGAUGUCAGCCCCCUCGUUUUUGACAACGCACGUAAUCAAGAUUUUGCCUAAAAUAUAUUGCAGAGUUUAUAUUCUCGGCAAUUUUUAUGAUUUUUGUAUACUAGUAUAAGGCUGAGUAAAGUGUAAUUUUUUUACAUGCAUUGUAGUUCUUAAACAAUAUCUAUUUCAGUAUUUGUUUGGUAUAAUAAUUGUAAUGAUUAAUCCACUCAAUAGAAUAGUUAUUUUCAUAAAUGGAAUUAUAAUACUGAC